AUGAAAACUGGGUUGAUUGCCUUGUGCUUAACAUCAAUAGUUUUCGCUCAAAUACAUUUUCCUGGAGAAAAAUAUUUUGCAAAUGUGCGACAGUUGACCUUUCAUGGAACUCACGCUGAGGCAUACUUUAGCUUUGAUGACAACUUCUUAACACUUCAGGCUACUGGCUAUGGUGUGGACUGUGACCAGAUUUACCGGUUGGACCUAAACGACUCUCCUAACCAAACUUUGCACAGAUUAAGCACUGGAAUUGGAUCUUGCACCUGUUCAUUCUUCUACCCUAAUAACAAAGACGUUUUGUACGCGGGUAACUUCCACAAAACAAAAAUACCAGCAAAGAAGGGGUCAAAUGAUCCAAGUUGUCCUCCAAAGAGAUGUCGGUCACCAGAGGCAAUGAGAGAUCCUGUUUUGCAGAACCUAUCUCACUAUACCUUCAGUAGUAGCGACCAAACGCAACAGGGAUAA